AUGUUAUCAGCAAAUUCAUUACAUGAAAGUGUUGAUGCUUAUAAAUUGGAUCAAUUUCUAUUGUUUAUGAUUGAUAAAGCAGCGAAAGAGUUAUUAGAAGAAAAAUAAAUGGUUAGGUAUUUUAUUUUGUAUUUCUAAAUGAAUUUGAUAGAAAUAUUAAAUAAUUAUGCAUUAUUAUAAAUUUUAAUAUAUAUUAAUUAAAAAUAAUGACAAAAGUUCCUGGGCUUUUCAAAUAAAUUAUAAUCACGAAAAAAAAAUUAUUAUUGAUAUUAUAAAUAAUAUCAAUAUGAAUUAACUUGACAUUCUCUAUUUUAUUCUCAAUCGUUUAAGAAAGAAAACUCAGAUAAUAAUUAAGGAGGCAUAUAGGAGGAUAGACAUUCUCAAUCGUAUAAGAAAGAAAAUUCAGAUGAUAAUUAAGGAGGCAUAAAAGAAUUUAAAACAAUAAUAAAAAUUUCAAGGAAUAUGUUUGCAUAAUAAUAAAAAUUCUUUUAGGGAUUUUUUAGAGAAUUCAAUCAUUUUUUAGAAUUUUUUAAAGGAUUCAAAUAUUGUUUAGGAUUUUUUAUAGAAUUAGGAUAGUUUAUACUCAAAAAAAGAAUCAAAUAUGAAUUAAGAUAAUAAUGAUAUCUCUUCACCAAAUCCAAAAUAAAAAUAAAGCAAAAAUCAAUAAUAACCAAUUCAAAUUAAAGGUUUGUUUGAGGAUGAUGAUGAAAUUAUUAGUAUUUAGGAUCUUUUCUAGAAUCCAAGUUCUUUUUUUGAUUUUUUAUGGAAUUCAAAUAUUUUUUAGAAUUUUUUAGAGAAUUCAAAUAUUUUUUAGGAUUUUUUAUAAUGGAAUUAGAAUAGAUUAUACCCAGAAAAAGAAUUAAAUAUGAAUAAUAAAGGAGUUGAAUUUCAGUCAACAGUUCCGCUACUAAACUAAAGCUUGAUUGUUGUUGAGAAUUAAUAAAAAGAAUAAUCAGGUGAAGAAUUUCUGAUUUAUCUCUUAUAAGUAUAAAAAUUAAAAAAUACAAAAUUGAUCGAAUUUGAUCACACAAUCAAGGUUUUGUAAGUUUUAGAUAAUUUCUUGAAAUAAAAAUAAUUAAAUUAACUAGAUUAAGUAAUUACCGAAAUUUCAAAUGUCUAAUAUAUGAUUGAAAACUAAUAGUAUAAUGAAAAGGACACUAUUAAAAUAAAAAAGAACUUUGAAUAAUUUAAGAAGAAACAGUUUUAUGAUGUUAAUAAAUUUAAACCUAAAAGAUUCUUAUCUAAUAUUUACAAUAUAAUUGCGAGUUAAUUAAUUUUGUAAGAAAAAACAAUAUGCAAAUAAAAAUUGGAAGAAUGCUAUUUUUAGUUGUCAAAAAAUUGGAUUAAUCUUCUAGACUUUACAAAAACAGAAACAGAGAACAAAAAAAUAAAAAAAGAGAACAAAUAUUAAAAUUAAAAAUUAUAAAAUUUUUUAAAUUUACUUAGAAAUAAUAAUAAUUCAGAGAUUUCAGAAAAUGUUAAGUACUUUUAAAAUAAACAUUAUGGAAAAUAUAGUUUCUUAGAGAUUGCUCUAAAUUUACUUUAAAUACUAAAAAUCUAAUGGAAUGAUGAUAAAAUCAGAGAUAAUAUAUUUGAAUUAUUGAAAGAAGUUGUACUAAAGAAACAAAAAAAAUAUGAAUCUAAAAGAGCAAUCAAUUUUACUAAAUAAGAUAUUAUUGAUUUGAUGUAUAAAAAGGAAAAUAAUCGUGAGGUUGUUGACGAAGAAGUAAUAACGGAAAUUCAACAACUUCUUGAGGGACCUAUAAUUUAUCCAUAAGAAUGA